UGUAGUUGAAUCUCAGGUGCUGGUCUUGUCACUCUUAUGUGAAAAUGCAGCGAAGUGAACGCUUGCAAUACAUGGGAGAAGAGGAGAGGUUGCUUCUCGUGGACCUGAUUCGCGAAAACAGAGCUGUUCUCCUCAGCAGAGCCACUGACGCCCGAAGUAUACCGCUUAAGGCUCGCACAUGGGAGAAAGUCGCGAAGUCCCUUGCUGCUAGUGGUCUGGGGCCACAGAGAACAGUGAAGCAGGCGAAGAAGAUAUGGGAGAACAUGAGAUCAAGGGCCAAGAAAUUUGCAAGCGAUGAAAAGAAAAACUUGUUGAAAACAGGAGGUGAUCCUCCCUGGCAAAGCCAGAUCCUGUGAUGCCUACGGGAGGAAGUGUUAGUGCACCUCUUGCUUCUACCUCAUCAGGAACAACAACUUUGCAAUACAGCCCUACCAUCGACAUUACAUCCUUUCCUGUAACCUCUGUGGAGGUUCGCGGAAAUGUGGUGUCAACGCACAGCUCCUCCAACAAUUGUACACCCCUUUUGACAACUGCUCUUGCUUCACCUGCAUGCAGUACUCCUCUUCCUUCCACCUCUGGUUUAGCAUCACUACCAGCAACUUUUCCUAGUGAAAUUCCUCCAAUAAAAUCUUCCACUGCUAAAGGAAAAGUGAGUGCAAAAAAGUUUCAAUUAAAGAAAAGGCAAAUGGAAGACAGUGCUGGUAGCAAAGAGGCGUAUGCAAUGGUAUCAAAGUUUCAAAAGGAGGAACAUGAUAUUGUAAUGCAAAUACACAAAACUUAGAAACUAAAAAAAUUGGAAGGGGAAUAUUUAAGGCAAAAAAUGCAAAUGAUGACUUCCUUGUAUGCACGAGCUGGAGACACACUUGAAGAUGUGCGGGCAGUGGCAGCUUCACUUGUCGAUUUCAUGGACAAUUUUAGGAAGGAUCAGUCAUAAGUAUAUUUAGUUAUGUUGCUCAAGCUCAAGAUCCAAAAUUUCUUUACUUACCCUGUUUGGUUCAAUAACUUAAUUCCCAGUAGUUUGUGAUAGUAUCAGUAUGAUUUUUUUGCAAUAGUAUAUGUACCUACUCAUGUGAUACAAGACUGUGAUCUAUGAUAGAAUUAAUUCCCAGUAUUGUAGUGCCUAGUUUGUGAUAGUAUCUGUAUGUCUUUUGCAAUAGUAUAUGUAUUCAAGUGAUACAAGACUGUGAUCUAUGAUAGAAUUAAUUCCAAGUAUUCUAGUGCCUAGUUUGUGAUAGUAUCAGUAUAUAUGUAGAUUUUUCAAACAUUUUCAGAUAAUCUUUGCUUCAUUAGUUAUAUGAUCAUGAAAGAUUUUUUUUCCGAAAUAAGACAUACAUUCAUCUGAUUUAUGAAUGUACCACAGAGGGAAAGGCCAUUGAAACCUAUUUUCUUCACAAUAUGUAUAUUUGUUUACAUUGUUUAAUAAAUUACUAUACAGUUAA